AUGUGAUGGAAAUUAGUAUGUAACUGCUCUUUCCGAAGGAAAAACAGGAAACAAGGUGUGGCCCUCUGACGGUAAGCGUCAUUACCAAGGUCACGUCUGGAAAUUAUGGGAAAUAAAAGUACAAGUUCCUCCUCCGGUGCUCCUUAUAAAAGGUGGACAAUAUCAAACCGGCGGGCAUCACUCCAGAACAAGCAUGGGGAUUCUCUUUCUGCUCGUCGCGUUAGGCCUCACAGCAGGAGUGUCCUCCCUGGAGCAGGACAAGCUGUGCACGCCUCACUCCAGACCCUGGCAGGUGUCUCUGAGCGAUUGGCGGACCAGUUGCAGUGGCGCUCUCAUCAAUGAGUGGUGGCUGGUGACGUCUGCCGCCUGCACACCAAGAUCCAACAACGUCAUCGCCUCACUCGGAGAACACGACCUCACGGCCGACGAGGACACCGAGCAGCACAUUCCUGUGGCGGACAUCAUCCGCCACAGCCCGUACCGUUCGCCCCUCCACAGCCUGGCCUUGGUGCGCCUGGCCAAGCCGGCCCGCUUCACUCAGCACGUGCAGCCCAUCGGCCUGCCCGAUCGCUGCCCUCGGCCCGGAGAGAUCUGCAGUGUCAGCGGCUGGGGCUCCACCGUACCAAAUCAAUAUGAAUCUCCCGAGCAGCUGAAGUGCUUGAAUGUGCACGUUGUGGAAGACCAGGCUUGUAUCAACACUUUCCCAGACUACGUGUUCUGGAGCCUGGGCAUGGUGUGCGCCGGCGGGGACAACGCCACUGACAACUGUUUGAGCGAUGCAGGCGCCGUUCUGGUGUGCGGCGGCCAGCUGCAGGGCGUUCAGUGGUUCAGACACGGCUGCCAGAACGCGGAGCACCCCAGCGUCUACACGAAGCUGUGCAUGUACAAUGACUGGAUCCGCAGGGUGAUGGCCAGCUCCACCCCAACCACUACGACGGCCCGGCCGACGACCUCCAAAGGCGCCAAAAAAGGGCAGGAAGGGCAAGAAUAAAAAUACCGCCCCAACGCCACACUGUUACUCAGAGUUGUCAUCAACAGCUGCCUCGUGGCUGACGUGAACUAUCACUGACUCAAGAUUGUAAAAGAAAUGAAAAUACUGAAUUCAAUAUGCUUGAUUUUCAGGGUUUUGGUGAUGUUUCAUUGUUUCAAACUCUUAAUUUGGACCAGAUCUUUGAGUUUGCCCCCAAUGACUUCUAUGUUUUUAUACUUUGUUCGAAAGUAAUUUACUUCUCUGGCUGUUUACAGAAAACGCAUACCUGCCAACUACUCCGGUUUUCCCGUAAUUCGUACGGUUUUCAUCAACCUAUUCCGGGUUACGGUUGCAGUGAUAAAAAAUACGGUUUUUCAUUAAUUAAAAAAAAAAAAAGGGUGAAAACUACGCACCUUGUGCAGACAAGAUUUUUCGAUCGGACACGGAGGAAUUAGCGAUGUAAAAGACCACGUUGGGACAAAAAAACACAAGUCUAAUGCCGUUGCUAGCGAUACAAGUGGAAAACUUUCAACGUUUUUCGUCGCCCAAACAGAUUCUUUGGAUGUGAUAAAUGCCGAAGUUUUAUUUACGGAGGCAAUAAUUGAGCAUGGAUUUUGGUUGAUCACAUGGGACAGUUAAAUGUUUGUAAUGCAACCUUUAAAAAUCAUUACGCGGUGAUCGCGGUCCCAAAAAUAAACUUUUCUUGCAUGAUAAUGUCCAGAAAAAUUCGCUUUAUAUUACUAUAGAGUCCUUUUAACGAAUGAGUUUGAUGGUUUAUCACAAACCUUAAAUGAAAGAAGUCCUUUGUUCUCCUGCACCAUGCAUGCGCUUUGGCCUUGCUUCGUGUUUGGUGCGCAAUCCUGUCGGCUGUAUUUCACAGCACGACAUACUGUUAAAAGUGUUUAUACUAUUUAUGCUUUCAAGUCCAAGUUGAAGAAAUCGUGUUAAAU